GAUACAAAGAAUGGAGUCAAAACCCUCAAGAAUUCCUCGAAGGAUAUCUGUUCAGGCUUCCAGCUCUUCGCUAGGAUCUAGAACAUUGACUGGAAACAGUUUAGCUGGUGCCUAUAGUGCAAGAGAAUCUUCACAGAGAUUAGAACCUGGAUACCAGGAAUCCAGUGUAUUGACUAGUUCCAGUAGAGACUGGGGAAUUGGAGAAAGAGACACCCAUGAAACUCCUUGGAAGCUUACGACAUCCUCUCCAACUCGCUACUCAGGGACACUUGAUCAUCCACAUUCUGGAAGAUUUCUGGGAAGCAGAAGCAGAUUGUCUACAUCGUCUUCUUCUCAUUUUACAUCUGGGUGUUAUGGUGAGUCUGAGAGAACUCAGGGAGCAUAUUCAAGACUGCAUAGCCAGCAGCGAGAUAGUGAUUCAAAGAGACCUAAGCUAUCUUGUACAUCUACCUCUUCUGUGAGAAGUAAUGGCUUGACUGCCUUUUCAGAUUCCCCUUGGAGGUACAGUAGGAUCCCUAGAUCUUCAUCAGUGAUGCUUGGCUCGCUUGGAACUGAGCUGGUGAGAGAGCGAACAGAGUUAGAAAGAAGAACAGAUCUGUCUGUUAAUAACCUGAUGGAUCACAGCUACAGAAAUAGUGACUUUUCAUCUUCAACAUAUCUUCAAGACAGGCCCGCCUCUUCAUAUGCAGAGGGAGCAAGACCAAAAGAGAACUCAUUAAGCACUUUGAGGCUGAAUGCAUCCAUGAACCGCCAGUUGCCUUCUGAUCAUCAGCCAUCUUUUUUCAACAGAGACUCUAACGUGAGCUCUUCAAGAUCCAGCUAUUCUUCAAGACAAAGGAGAAGUGAAUUGGAAUCUCCCCAGAGGAGCACACAGCCAGCAUUUUCUCUUACUGCCAUUAGAGAUGAAACUCCUUCAAGUGGUUCUGAAAGGGUUUUGUCUUCUCAGAGGUCAUUGAAUGAGCCUGCAGCUGACAGUGAAGGGAGGCGUACAACCAGACAGCUGCUGUCUCGUUUAGCAUCUAGUAUGUCAUCUACAUUUUUCUCUCGAAGGUCUAGCCAAGACUCUUUGCAUACAAGAUCAUUAGGCUCUGAAGAGUCAACAGUACUCCCAAGACUUCAAGCUUCUACUCUGUCAAGCAGUAAUGGAGCUGCAACUCCAGAAGUUCCAGGACUUCAGACAUCUGAAGCUUCUCAGGGCUUUAGUUUUCUUAGACGAAGAUGGGGUUUAUCAGGAGUUUCCCAAAAUCAUAAUUCUGAUUCGGAUGGAGAAAGUUACAGACCAGAAUCUGAAAGUAGGAGCACAGGAUCCUGGUUGUCAUCAUCUUUGAGGAACAGAUGCACGCCUCUCUUUUCCAGAAGAAGAAGAGAAGGAAGAGAUGAAUCCGCAAGGAUCUCUACCUCUGAUACAACUGCUAGAUCACAACAUGUCUUCAGAAGAAGAGAGUCAGGUGAGGAGACUUCUCUUGAAGCAUCAGAUAGCCCUCCUCGGGCUUCUGUUAGCAGACCACCAACACCUGCAGUAUCUGGUAUUCCUACAGCUACUGCCUCCCCACCAGAUUCAGCCCACAGUAGGAGAAGUUCUGGAAUUCUGCCUGGUUCUCUCUUUCGCUUUGCAGUGCCUCCAACAUUAGGAAGCAGUCUGUCUGACAAUCUUAUGAUAACUGUAGAUAUUAUUCCCUCUGGCUGGAAUCAGUCUGAUGGUCAAGAAAGUGGCAAAUCGAAAAUACCACCUUCAAGAGAUCCAGAAAGACUCCAGAAAAUUAAAGAGAGCCUGCUUUUAGAAGAUUCUGAAGAUGAAGAGGGUGACUUAUGCAGAAUCUGUCAGAUGUCUUCUGCGAGUUCUGACAACCUUUUGAUAGAGCCAUGCAAAUGCACUGGAAGUCUGCAGUAUGUUCACCAGGAGUGCAUGAAAAAAUGGCUGCAGUCCAAGAUUAAUUCAGGUUCUUCUUUGGAAGCAGUAACAACUUGUGAGCUGUGCAAGGAGAAGUUGCAUCUGAAUCUGGAAGACUUUGACAUUCAUGAACUCUAUAGGGCACAUGCAAAUGAACAAGCAGACUAUGAAUUUAUCAGCUCCGGUCUCUACCUUGUAGUGUUGUUACACUUAUGUGAGCAGCGCUUUUCUGAUAUGCUAGGAACUGCAAGUGAGGCCAGCACACGUGUCAGAUUUAUUAACCUUGCAAGAACUCUUCAGGCACAUAUGGAAGAUAUUGAAAGUAGGUGCUUCCCCUCUUCCCCUUCCCUCCCAUUAGAUCAACUCGAAAGUUAAAUGAGUACAAUCCUCCUUGCCAAGAUUCCUAAUACUAAACUUAAUUACUUAAAAUUUUACUUUACCCAACAGUGCUUUUUCCAUUAUCAGUAGAAUUAUUCCAAGGGAGAACUGGUUUUAAUUCUCCAUGAUUAAUUUCCCAACAGCACAGUUAUUUAGACUACAUAAGUGUUUUCUGCAAGUGAUAACAAGAUUCCUCACUAGUUACAGUUUGAUGGUUGUAAUUCUACUACUAGUUAUGGAAUUGGUGGUGACCUUCAGAUUCUAGCCUCGUACAUGAAUCCUAGUGGAAAAGAAACAUUUAAAGUUGAAUUUCACUGUACUUCAGUUCCCAUACUUUCCUUGCCACUUCCUCUUCUCCCUCUUCUGUUUGUUUGUUUUUUUUUUUUUUUUGCCUUCCCCCCCACUCUUCUUUUUUUCCAUCUACUCCCCUUUCAUUUUUCUCUAUCCACGCACACUCUGGUUGUGUGUAUUCCUUGAUCAGUUCUAUCUGCUUCAGGAAUGAAAUGUAACAUUUGACAAUUUUCACAAAAGACUAGCCUGCUUUUCACCUAAUGGCUUUUUCAGUCUGCUUACAUUCAAAACUGUAUGCUGACUUUUGAUAGAUGUAUCCUGAAUUUGAGUGUUAUUUCUGGGCAUGAUGAAUAGGCAGAGAAGGGUAGUAGAUCUGCCUUUUUUUUUUUUCUCUUUUUCCCAGUGGGCAUGUGAAUGUCAGCAUUCAAAGUUUGUGUAUGAAUUUUCAGUGCAUAGGACAUAUUUGGGGUACAAUAAGGAAUUGGGGGGGGUGAUGUAAGUUCUAGUUCAAGGAGCAAUCGAUGAUUUCUACAUUCAGAAUGGACAAGGGUAGACUUGAGUUCACAAAUUAUUCUUAAGUUAUGUGUAUUCUUAUUAGAGUGAAAAUCUUAGUGCCGUUUUACACCAUAAUGUAAUCUGUAUUUGGUUCAGGUUUUAUCUAACUUGCAGGUGAGGAAUACUUAGAUUCAUUAUUGAUUCUACCUUAGUUAUAUAUCUUUUAAAAACUGGAGAAGUAAGGAGACAGACCUUGCUUCAUUUGGUGUUGAGAGAUGGAACAAGUUGCAUGAGUGUAAAUACUUCUUUGACGGCAGAGUUUGCUUAAGAGGACAGAUGAAAUUCCUGUUACGGACAAGAUACCACUUUAUUAACCUAUUGUAGAUGUACAUACUGACUUUUUUUAUCAUAGUUGACAAGUGUGUAUUUGUCUCUUAAUUUACCUUGCAACAACAAAAUCCUAUGCAUAUGUGGGCUUUAUGUUCAUUUUGCAUAUGCUGAAAGAAUGGGUACAGAGAGACAAGCUGCUUCCAAGUAGGCCUGACUUAACUGCGUUAAGCAACAUACAUAUAAAAAAAACUUUUCUAAGAGUCUUUCUGUUUGUUUAGACUGCUGAACCUUUCUAGAUACUUUAGUUUCCAAAUUGUUAACUUUGUGAGUCGUUUCUUUUCCUUACGUGCUGCUGUCAUGGAUUGAAUGUAUUCUCCUCUGACUACUGUUGGAAUUAGCCACUGUAAAAACUACAUAAAAGUUGAAUCUCUGGCGUAAUUAACUUUUCUUCCUUUUAUUGUGAGGAAGAACAGCAGGAGGACAUUGCAUCUUGUAAUGUCAAAUUUUGACUUGAAAAUGCUGUAUUUUUCAGACAUGAGAUGCAUUAAAAAUUAAGCUCUGUAACUACACAAGGUUUGUAAUAUUAAAUAUUACAAAAUCACUUUUAUUUCUACUACUCAUCUUGAAGUGCCUUAAUUUUGCAGACCUGAUUAUACUGUGUUGUUCCAACAGCUUCUGAGGAUGACUCUGAAGACUGAUGGUGUUAGAACUUUCAUACUGCAAGAGACAAAUGGAAUUGCUGCAGAAAUGCUGAACUGUCAAGAACAACAUCAACAUGCAUUUGGGUUUUU